UUCCGGAAACCGGUCUCGGUCGCAGGCAGGGUCUCCCUGUAGUCUGGGCUGACUUGGAACUCACGGUGAUAGCUGAGACGGAAGGCGUGCGCCAUUACGCCCGGCGCAGUUGAUCGCUUCGGAAGCUGCAGCAGCUCUGGCGGAUCGUUUUCCCUCUGACAGCACCCUGCAUCCACCAUGAGUCUUGACAUCCAGUGUGAGCAGCUGAGUGAUGCCAGGUGGAUGGAGCUCCUCCCCCAGAUCCAGCAAUACCAAGUGGUCAGGCUGGAUGACUGUGGCCUCACCGAGGGGCGGUGCAAGGACAUCAGCUCGGCAGUCCAGGCCAACCCUGCCCUGACAGAGCUCAGCCUGCGCACCAAUGAGCUGGGUGAUGGUGGUGUGCACCUGGUGCUCCAGGGCCUGCAGAACUCUACCUGCAAGAUCCAGAAACUGAGCCUCCAGAACUGUUGCCUGACGGAGGCUGGCUGUGGUGUCCUGCCUGGUGUGCUGCGCUCCUUGCCCACCCUGCGUGAAUUGCAUCUCAACGACAACCCCCUGGGGGAUGCAGGCCUGCAGCUGCUCUGUGAAGGACUCCUGGAUCCCCAGUGCCACCUGGAGAAACUUCAGCUGGAGUACUGUAACCUCACAGUCACCAGUUGUGAGCCCCUGGCCUCUGUGCUGAAGGCCAAACCUGACUUUAAGGAGCUGGUGUUGAGCAACAAUGACUUCCACGAGGCUGGCGUCCAAGCAUUGUGCCGGGGCCUGAAAAACUCUGCCUGCCAGCUGGAGACACUUAAGCUAGAAAACUGUGGUAUCACAUCAGCCAACUGCAGGGAUCUGUGUGACGUCAUUGCUUCCAAGGCCUCACUUCAAGAGCUGGACCUGGGCAGCAACAAGCUGGGCAAUGCAGGCAUCGCCGCACUGUGCCCUGGGCUGCUGGGCCCCAGCUGCAAGCUCAAGACCCUGUGGCUUUGGGAGUGCAACAUCACUGCUGAAGGCUGCAGGGACCUGUGCCGUGUCCUCAGGUCCAAGUCGAACCUGAAGGAGCUGAGCCUGGCCAACAAUGAGCUGGGGGAUGAGGGUGCCCGGUUGCUGUGUGAGAGCCUGCUAGAGCCUGGCUGCCAGCUGGAGUUACUGUGGGUGAAGACUUGCAGCCUCACACCUGCCUGCUGCUCCCACUUCCGCUCCAUGCUGGCCCAGAACCGGUCUCUGCUGGAACUACAGAUGAGUAGCAACCCACUGGGUGACUCGGGUGUGCAGGAGCUUUGCGAAGCUCUGAGCCAGCCGGGCACGGUGCUACGUGUGCUGUGUCUGGGGGACUGUGACGUGACUGAUGCUGGCUGCAGCAGCCUUGCCAGGGUCCUGCUGGCCAACCAUACCCUGCAGGAGCUAGACCUCAGCAACAACUGCAUGGGGGACUUGGGCAUCUUGCAGCUGAUGGAGAACCUUAGGAAACCCAGCUGUGUCCUUCAGCAGCUAGUCCUGUAUGACAUAUACUGGUCAGAGGAGGUGGAAGACCAACUUCGGACCCUGGAGGAGGAAAAGCCAUCCCUGAAGAUCAUCUUCUGAGAUGUCUCCGUGGACACCCAGCCUUAAUCCACACCAGCUUCCAGGGGUUCUGGGUAUCUGGUGUCAACUGCAGAUAAACCUAGGAAUCAGCUUAUUUCAGUAAGAGAACUAGACACUUUAUAACUAUUAAAGCACUUUGUUGGCAA